UAUGCACGCAACGUGCCCCUAAAAUUUUGAUUCUGAUUAUACGGCGACCGGAGGUGGCGCUUCAAUCGUUUUCAAGAGUGUAAAGCCAACCGAUGUUUAGAAGAGUGUGCCAUACAUAUUCCGAUUCUGCCAUUUUUCUAACCCGUACAGCCCAUACUCGAUCAAGUGAGUGAUUUUUCCAAUGAAGCAACUGGUGUUUCCUUACCAUUAGUUUUCACCUUAUUUCUAAUUUCUUGAUUCUUGACUUGUUUCUCUCUUUUUUUUUUUGUUCUGUAAAUGGAAUCUAUACCGUGCGCCCACUUUCUCUGCCUAAAGAACAAGAACCAAUGGACCAUCCUCCUUUUCCUUUGUCUUUCCCCAGCAAUAACGCCACCGCCAAUUCAUCCAUUAAAUACAUCCCAUCCACCCCUUACGUGGGGAGUAUCCAGAGAUAGUUUUCCUUUGCGUUCCUCUCCCUCUAAUUUCUCAUUCACAUCGAGAACUUCCACUCUCGUAUUGCUAGAAUGGCUUCCAAAAGAAUUAUCAAGGAGCUCAAAGACCUGCAGAGAGACCCACCAACUUCAUGCAGCGCAGGUCCGGUGGCUGAUGAUAUGUUCCAUUGGCAAGCAACCAUUAUUGGUCCAAAUGACAGCCCCUAUGCUGGGGGUGUUUUCCUUGUGACCAUCCACUUCCCACCUGAUUAUCCUUUCAAGCCUCCAAAGGUUGCCUUCAGGACCAAAGUUUUUCAUCCUAAUAUCAAUAAUAAUGGGAACAUCUGCUUGGACAUACUCAAGGAGCAAUGGAGUCCUGCACUCACAAUAUCCAAGGUUUUGCUUUCCAUAUGUUCGCUGCUGACGGAUCCGAACCCAGAUGACCCACUUGUUCCUGAGAUUGCUCAUAUGUGCAAGACUGACAAGGUCAAGUAUGAGUCGACAGCUCGCAGCUGGACUCAGAAAUACGCUAUGGGUUGAACCCGAUGUUGUUACAAUCUUGUAAUGCACCUCAUUUCUGAUUUUGUAUUAAACCUCCUAAAUAACGUUUCUCCUCUUGUCUACGCUUCUACCCAAGGAUAGACUAUAGAGAAGAUUUUCCUUUUGCUAUUUACAUUACAGACUUUCAAGAAUAACCAAUAAUGUUUGAUGGAGUUUUUCCCCCCUUUUAUUUUCAGUUUAUAGAUCAAACUGGUGAAUGUUGGCUUGCCUCC